CAUCACACUACCCUGCCAUAGCAACCGUAGCUUCCCUUGGCAACAACCGACCCCCCACCUCCGCCCCCUGCCCUCCUCUCAACGGUUCCCCCGGUAACAGAGUGCACCUGCUGCUGCUGCUGCUGCUGCUGCUGCUGGAGUCGCAGGAAAAAUGAUGGACGACGGUGUUCUGAAAUAUAUCACCUGUUGUUUCUCCAACAUUCUUAAAAUCUUCUCCGCCGAGCGCGUGGAACUUGACACGUUUCGAUGUUCGUGGACUAUCAAAGGUUAACGUGCGUGUAGUUGGAGACCAGAGGAACAGAGCCCUGGUGACGAGAGGUCUGGAAAAGAGCUGCAGCGGACCUCCACCUCUCCGCCUCUAAGUCCUGAACCAAAGCAAGACACCAACAACAUUUCAGAAGCGGAGCCUGUAACCCAGCAGCCACAGAAAACAAAGGAAGACGGUGACUCUGACAGAGCCAGUGAAAAGGACGAGGAAGGCACUGAGCAAGGCUGUGGUGCUCCAGUCAGCUGUGAUGCAUUCAAGAGCUGCCUGAUGCGCAUUCCUCACACCUCUGAGUGCCUGGGCAACAUCAACGCAUACUUCAAAGAGAACGGCAUUUCUCCUCCCAAAGUACCCUCCAUGCCUGAACUACCAAAACAGCUUUCUGACGUUACCAAGUACUUACCUCGCCUACCCUCUUUACCCCCUGAACUGCGACAAGAGUUAUCACAGAUCCGACUCACACAGGUCCCCCGAAAUAUUGCCACAACUCUUACAGAGCUCUUACCCAAGAACUCUGACGGUUCGGUCGGCCCCACUCUGUCCAGUCUUUCCCAGAGCCUUUCGACCAUCCCGGAGAAGGUAUCCCAGUUCCCCUCACGGACGCAGCAGUAUUUCCUCAACAUCCAAAACCGCCUUAACAGCCUCAUGCCACAAGAUGCCUAAGAAACAACAACAACAACAACAGCAAAAACAAAAGCAAGAAAAAAAUCAGCAAGAUGUCGAGCUCAACCGGCUUGUCCGACACUCCCCUCUCCCUCCUCCUCCUCACCAUCCCCAGCUCAGGUCCCGCUCUCCAUCUCCAUCCUCCCCCAAUGGUAGUGCUCUCGAGCUGCCCAAUGUGCCAUCCUACCCGCGCCUGCCUCCGAUCGUAAGUCCCCCAUCACGGCAGCUGAACUCCCCCUCCCGCCAGCUGUCCGGUCUCUCCAACCCAGCAUUCUUCAUUGAAGAUGACUCAGAGGUUUCAGCAAAAAGACAUGCAGAGAGCUCAAGCCUUAGCCUUCGUCCAGCAGUCAACGUAGAGGAUGUGGACUCAGACCAUGAGAAGCGACGAGAUGGAGAAGCAGCAUCAGGAGGAAAGGUUGAACUUAGAACCAUCCCCCACAUCUUAACCCCCCAGGACCCCAAAAUCACAACCCUGACUGUUCCUGUGACCCCUUCAGGAGGUCGUCAAAGCAAAGGAGAUAAAGAUAGUGGAAGGAAUCGUAGGACUAUCUGGACAAAGAUACAGAGGCUGAGCUCUCAAAGUGAAGAUGAUGAUGAUGAAGGAAACACUCCAGUAAGAGCCUGGCCCAGUCAGUCCAGCCUGCACAGCACAGAUGACAUACUUAAAGAACGUCCAGCGUCUGCAGCCAGUCAGACCAGCACAGUGGUUAAUGAACGCCUCCAGGAGCUGGUCCGGAUGUUUAAGGAGAGAACAGAGAAAGCCAAGGAGAAACUCAUUGACCCUGACAGCUCAGAUGAAGACAGUGUCGUCCCCUCUCCUCCUCAGGCUCCAGCUCCUCAGCCUGCUCCUAGUACUCAAUCCACAAAUGGGGGAGAGAGGGAGGCGCAAGAAGGUCCUUCAGGAGAAAAAGAAGUAGAAGGAGAAGGUGUUGGAGUUCAGGAUAGGGAAGUGGAGGAGCAGGCUAAGCGUUGCUGCAAAGCCCCUCGCUGGAUACGAGCCUGUGUGCACUACCGCUUCCCUGCCAGCAUCGAUCCUUUUACCAAUCUUAUGUAUGUGCUGUGGAUGUUAUUGGUCUCUCUGGCGUGGAACUGGAACGUGUGGUUCAUCCCUGUGCGCUGGGCCUUCCCCUACCAGACUCCAAAUAAUAUUUACUACUGGCUGCUGACGGACUACCUGUGUGACCUCAUUUACAUCCUGGACAUCACCAUCUUCCAACCUCGCCUGCAGUUUAUUCGUGGUGGAGACAUAGUGAGUGACAAAAAGGAGAUGAGAAAGAAUUACAUGAAAACCAAACGCUUCAAAUUUGAUGUAGUCAGCCUUGUACCGCUGGAGAUCUUCUACUUUAAAACUGGUGUCAACCCUCUGCUACGCUUACCCAGACUGCUGAAGAUCAACUCCUUUUUUGAAUUCAACGAGCGUCUGGAGGCCAUCUUGACCAAAGCCUUCAUCUACAGGGUGAUCCGCACCACUACCUAUCUCCUAUACUGUCUCCACUGUAAUGCCUGUCUAUACUACUGGGGCUCUGCCUUCACAGGACUGGGAUCGACCAAGUGGGUGUACAACGGCGAAGGAAACAGUUACAUCCGCUGUUACUACUUUGCGGUGAAGACCUUAAUCACCAUCGGUGGUCUGCCAGACCCCACCACCCUGUUUGAGAUCGUCUUCCAGCUCAUCAACUACUUUGUUGGAGUCUUUGCAUUCUCCAUCAUGAUUGGACAGAUGCGUGAUGUGGUUGGUGCAGCCACGGCCGGUCAGACCUACUACCGCACAUGUAUGGACAACACUAUUAAAUACAUGUCUUCUUAUCGCAUCCCCAAAGAUGUCCAGAACCGCGUCAAAACCUGGUACAACUACACCUGGCAAUCGCAAGGCAUGCUGGAUGAGCAGGAGCUGCUGACUCAGCUGCCAGAUAAAAUGCGUCUGGACAUUGCUAUAGAUGUCAACUACUCCAUCGUCAGCAAAGUCCCACUUUUUCAGGGUUGUGACAGACAGAUGAUCUUUGACAUGCUCAAAAGCCUUCGCUCUGUUGUUUACCUACCCGGGGAUUACGUUUGUAAAAAGGGCGAGGUGGGUCGGGAGAUGUACAUCAUCAAAGCGGGAGAGGUGCAGGUGGUUGGAGGACCAGAUGGGAAGACAGUGUUUGUCACUCUGAGAGCAGGAUCGGUCUUUGGAGAGAUCAGUUUGCUUGCAGUGGGCGGGGGUAACAGGCGCACAGCAAAUGUAAUCGCUCAUGGUUUUGCCAAUCUCUUCAUCCUGGACAAGAAAGACUUGAAUGAGAUCCUGGUUCACUAUCCUGAGUCCAAGAAACUGCUCCGCAAGAAGGCCAGGAAGAUGCUAACGAAGGGAAAGAAACCUGAGCCCAAAGAAGAGCCGAAGGAUCCCCCUCAGGUCCCUGCAGCCCCUGGGAGGCCAGAGACGCCCAAACUGCUGAGAGCAGCUCUGGAGAUGACAGAGAGGUCAUCUGGACUUAAAGGAGCUCUGGCUAAGGUCAAAGAGAAGACCAACAAGUCAAGUCUCUCGUUACAGCCCUCAAUUUCCUCCUCCCUGCCUCCCCCAUCUCCCACCCCAAGCUCCGGACCCGACAGAGAGGCUGACACACCAUCACCCAUCUCCGCCACAUUUCGAUCUGCUUCUGCCUGCCACAACAACGACCCUGCGUUACAGAGCCGCUACAAUGAAGACUAAAUGCUCUCUGACAAAAGAGAGGAGGGAGUCGGUGAGGGUGAAAGGAACACGGGUGCAAAGAAGGGUAAAAGGGUCGUGAAAGGGAUUAAAAUAAAGAUAAAAACUCAAUUCAAUUAAAUUAAGUGUGAGCAACUGCAUGGUCGGUAAGGUGGCUGUAAAAGGCAAAAUUGAAAACUGAAGAGAUCAAAUAGGAAAAUAGAGGAAUACACAAAGCUAACUAUAAUUGCUGAAUAUCAGGUGAAAUAAAAGAGAGGAGGGGUGUGUAAAUUAACUUGCACUGAAACUAUGAUGUCUUAAUCUCAGUCUAAUCUGCUGAAGUUGUAAAGUUUGCAGAAUUAUCCAGAGAGCCCUGUAUUCUCCUCUCAUUCAUGAAACAUCCGACCAAUUCUUUCAUUACAGUCUCACUCUCUACAUUAUGCUGUGCAGCUGUGACGCUAUUAAAAGAGUACGUACCCUGAAAACCCGGAAAUGGUGUAGGCCAAAAAAAACCUGAUUUAUAAAACAGUUCGCACGCCGACUUUGCGCAAUGUUCCGUUUAUAAAUCACACACUACCCGGAUUUUUGCGCAUUUAGUUCAGCCUCGUAUUCUGCCCUUUCCACGCCCACAUUCAACCAUAUAUGGUCAAUGCAAAGCACGCGUACGCCAGUUUCAGGCCCUUUUGUGUGCAUACGCAACAUUUAUAAAUGAGACCCCUAUUCUUUAUCAGAGAUGUGUUUUAUGUGAGAACAGCUACAUCUAGUGGGCAUCGCUGUCUGUCCUCACUUAAAAGUUAACUCCAGAAUCGCUCUUCAUUCGUCCUCCCUUUCCUUUGCACUCUUCUUUCGAUCCCCACCCUCUGUGUUUCUCUUUACUCAGUUCAAUAUCUGAUAAUCUUAUGAAGGAGCAAGCCAUUUAUCACCUGGUAACCACUACAGAAUUCAAGCUUAAUCCUAAUCUACAUUCAAUUUACGUCAGUGAAGUUACUGUAGAUACGAUGAAGAGUGAAGUCUGAGUCGGGUGGCAUAUUGAAGCCAUAACAUUAAACUUUAUACUAAACUCAACCUCUCUUAAAACAUAAAACAUGUUUUUGCUGUUGUUGUCUGCUACGUGUUUACAGAUUUUUUGUAAACUUCAAAAGUGCAAUUUUCUUUGUAUGUUUUGUGUUGUGUUGGUGUCAUUAGCUAGUCUGACACUGUACCAGUCUGGUGCAGCUAUGUUAAAGCUGUAAUAACAUCAUUACCCAUACUUCCAUCAUAACAUAAUAUACAUACGAGUUAGUGUCAGGUCAUCAUAUUAUUCAAACAGUCUGUCUUAGACCUUCAUUACUUCACACUGCAAGCUCAAACAUCAUGUAGUCUCUCGUUACCUCAAAACGUUACUCUAACACAUCUUUAUCAAUAUUUCACUUAUCACGCACAUGUAGUUUCAUACAGUAAUGUCAAUUAACAUUCACAUUUCAAAACUCUUUUGUACACUAAUGUAAAUAUAUUUGUUUAUGAGAUUUAGAUACAUUUUCAGGUACGGUCACUGUAGUGACCUGCAGUGUCACCAUGUUUAUAAAUGCAGUUAAAUAAAGCUUAAUGUCUAAUGCGUACUGUUAAUAUGUUCCAGGGUUCAGAAGCGAUGUAAACUUUUUCAUUUUUGUAUAUAUAGUUAAAUAAUUAAUACAUCAGUAGACGGACCCACAAACCAGCUAACCAUACUGCCAGACAAUCUGUAGAAAGGAUAGUUAUUGUUGUUUUCUCUGUGACUUUAUAUGUUUGAGGAGUGCUUGAAAAGUACUCAAAACAUAUGUACAUAUAUGUUUGUGUUUAUAAUUUUGUAUCACUGAUGUAGCUCUGUCUUUUUGUGCAUUUUGUUUAAAUAAAUGACUGUUACCAGCA